AUGCUGUCUCAAGUGCCUGGAAUUAAAGAAGACUGGGAACACGAAACUAUGGUGCACGCAUCCAUUGAAAGUGAAAUUGUUGAGUUCUUUGAACAUAAUGAUGUAACAUCAAAAGGUCUUGAUGAAGGAGAGGCUAGUCAAUGUGUUCUAAGCAAUCCACUAGAUUAUGAUGAUGAUAAUUCCUCACCACCAUACCCAACUGUGCUGCGUAAGCUGGGUGUUCGACUGUUCAAGCCUAAAAUGGGUUUUGAUGCAGCAUUAAAAUUAGUUGCAUAUCAGAGAUCAGCAGUUGAAGCAGUCAAGAACCCUCUCCAAAGUGCGAUUGCUAGCAAAUUUGAUUUAAAAACCAUUUGUGCUUCUUCUACAAACCCAAUUUGCAUAGCUGACUUGGGGUGCUCCACUGGACCAAACACCUUCAUCAAAGUUCAAAACAUAGUAGAAGCAAUACGAAUCCAAUGCCAAUCACAAAAUCAAUCUACCCCAGAAAUCCUAGUCUUCUUCAACGAUCAAGUUUCAAAUGAUUUCAACAGUCUCUUUCAAAAGCUUCCUUCCAAUAGAAACUACUUUGCAUUUGGAGUUCCUGGCCCUUUUUAUGGACGCUUGUUUCCAAGACAAAGCUUACAUCUAGUUCAUUCAUCUUCGGCACUGAAUUGGCUAUCUAAGUUGCCCAGAGAGCUUACUGACAGAAGCUGUGGUGCUUGGAACAAGGGAAGAAUUUACUAUACUAAUGCUCCAAGUGAAGUUGAAGAUGCUUAUAAGAGACAGUUUAAGAUAGAUUUGGAGACAUUUCUGCAUGCCAGAGCACAAGAGCUAGUGAGCAAUGGAUUAAUGGCAAUUAUGACAUGUGCUGCUCAUGACGUGAUUGAUUUUAAUACAGAUUUGUAUGCUGGCAAAGAACUUGAACUCUCGGGAAGUUGUCUAAUGGACAUGGCGAGAUCGGGGCUAGUAAGUGAAGAAAAAAUGGACACUUACAAUGUGCCCACAUAUUUCCCACACCUGAAUUAUCUGAAGAAAAUACUUGAAAGUAACGAAGAUUUAAACCUCGAGGAAAUAGUCGCAAUGGAUAGAAAGUUUCUACCAAACAUUGAAACUUAUGUUUCCUCAGCGAGGGCCGUGCAUGAAGUGCUCAUCGAGAAGCAUUUUGGAGAUGGAGCUGUUGAUGAGCUUUUUGAACGUUUUGCAGAGAAAAUUAUGGAAUUCCCAGAAAUCAUUAAUUUUGCGCAACAUUAA